AUGAAUAACUUCAAAAGAAAAAAUUUUACACAAAACUCACAUCCACAAAAUUUGAAUUCAGAACAUAAUGGUGGACCAUCAAAACGUCCAAAACGAGUGGAUGAUGACGAUGAUGAGAAUGAAAAUGAAAUUGAUUCACAAUAUGAUGAUGCUGAAAUAGAAAAUAAAGAAAAUUUUCUCGAACUUGGUGAAGGUCCAGCAUAUGAAGCCACUAAUAUCAAAUGGUCUCGUCCAGAAAUUCCAUCGAUUGAUUCAACAACAUAUAAGCUUAUAUUUCAACAAAUUGAUUUAGAUGCGUAUACAGAUUACAAUGGUAUUCCAACAAUUCUUAGUACACAAAGACAGGUCCACCAACGUGGUCAAACAACCGUUGUUCGUUUAUAUGGUGUGACCGAUGAAGGUUACAGUGUUAUGGCACAUUUAUACGGUUAUGUACCCUAUUUAUAUACAACAGCACCACCAAAUUUUAAAAAAACGGAUAUUGAAAGAUUUAAACAAAAUUUUAAUCAAGCGCUACGUAAUGAGGCACGUAGCAAAGAUUUACCACAAGAAGUUUGUGUAGAUAUUGAAUUAGAAGAAAAAGAAAGUGUACUUGGUUUUCAUAAUAAUGAAAAACUUCAAAUAUUAAAAAUUUAUGUGUUAAUACCACGUCUAAUAGCAACAUCUCGAAGAAUAUUAGAACAUGGUUUUCAGUGGACUGGUCAAUCUAAUAGUAUGCAGGCAUAUCAAACAUAUGAAUCGAAUAUUGAUUUUGAAAUAAAAUUUAUGGCUGAUAUGAACAUUGUUGGAUGUAAUUGGAUUGAAAUACCAGCUGGAAAAUAUCGAAUUAGACAAAUGAUGACGCAUGACACUGCUUCACAAGGAAAAAUACAGUCAAGAUGCCAAAUUGAAAUUGAUGUAUGGUAUGAAGAUAUUAUCUCUUAUCCAACUGAAGGCGAAUGGCAAAGAAUUGCUCCAUUACGUAUAAUGAGUUAUGAUAUUGAAUGUGCUGGUAGAAAAGGUAUAUUUCCUGAACCAGAAAAAGAUAGUGUUAUUCAAAUAGCCAGUAUGGUCAUUCGACAAGGCGAAAAAGAAGAAUUUAUUAGAACUGUCUUCACAUUAGGUACAUGUGCUAAUAUAGCUGGUGCACAAGUCAUUCAAUGCUUUAGAGAACAAGAUUUAUUACAAAAAUGGUCCGAUUUUGUUCGUGAAGUUGAUCCAGAUAUAAUAACUGGUUACAAUAUACAAAAUUUUGAUUUUUAUUAUUUAUUAACACGAGCCAAAACGUUGAAAGUAGACGGUUUUCCAUAUUUGGGACGAUUAAAAGAUGUAAAAACUGUGGUACGUUCAACUGUCCUACAAUCGAAACAAUUGGGUCGGAGAGAAAAUAAAAUUAUCAAUUUAGAAGGACGUGUUCUCUUCGAUUUGUUAUUGGUUCUUUUACGUGAAUAUAAACUUCGUUCUUAUACAUUGAAUGCAGUCAGUUUUCAUUUUCUUCAACAAACAAAAGAAGAUGUACAACAUUCGAUUAUUGGUGAUUUACAGCAAGGAAAUGAACAAACACGUCGUCGUUUAGCUGUCUAUUGUUUGAAAGAUGCUUAUUUACCAUUACGUUUAUUAGAAAAAUUAAUGUCAUUAAUUAAUUAUAUGGAAAUGGCUCGUGUAACGGGUGUACCAAUGAGUUAUUUAUUACAACGCGGUCAACAAAUUAAAGUUAUAUCACAAAUAUUAAGAAAAUGUAAAGAAAAACAAUUGUUAAUACCAGCAAUGAAAGUAACGGAUAACGGUGAUGAUUUUACGGGUGCUACAGUUUUAGAACCGGUUAGUGGGUAUUAUGAUACGCCAAUAACAACAUUGGAUUUUUCAUCAUUGUACCCAUCAAUUAUGAUUGCACAUAAUCUCUGUUAUACAACAUUGGUUGGACCGACAAUCAGACAGAGUUUGUCUCCAACUGAUUACAUCAAAACGCCAUCAGAUAAUUAUUUUGUUAAAUCUCAUAUACGUCGCGGUAUAUUACCUGAAAUAUUAGAAAAUUUAUUAUCAACACGUAAACGUGUCAAACAAAUGUUGAAAGAUGAAAAAGAUGAAUUUCGUAAAAAAGUUUUAGAUGGUCGACAAAAUGCAUUAAAAAUAUCAGCCAAUAGUGUGUAUGGUUUUACUGGUGCACAAGUUGGAAAAUUACCAUGUUUAGAAAUAUCACAAAGUGUAACAUCAUUUGGUCGACAAAUGAUAGAGAAAACAAAACAAUUAGUUGAAGAAAAAUAUAGAAUGGAAAAUGGUUCCGAAUAUGAUGCAAAAGUGAUCUAUGGUGAUACAGAUUCGGUAAUGGUUAAAUUUGGUGUACCAACGUUGGAAGAAGCAAUGAGUUUAGGACGUGAAGCCGCAGAAUAUAUUACAAAAAAUUUUCUACCGCCAAUUAAAUUAGAAUUUGAAAAAUGUUAUUAUCCAUAUUUAUUAAUUAGUAAAAAACGUUAUGCUGGUCUUUAUUUUACGAAACCAACACAUCAUGAUAAAAUGGACUGUAAAGGAAUUGAAACUGUAAGAAGAGACAAUUGUGAAUUAGUGGCUAAUUUGAUUAGUACAUGUCUUGAAAAAUUAUUAAUUGAACGUGAUCCUAAUGCUGCCGUUGAUUAUGUUAAACAGACAAUAUCUGAUUUAUUAUGUAAUCGUAUUGAUAUUUCACAAUUAGUUAUAACAAAAGAAUUGACAAAAACUGAUAAAGAAUAUGCUAAUAAACAAGCACAUGUUGAAUUAGCAAAUAAAAUGCGAAAACGUGAUGCUGGUAGUGCACCACAAUUGGGAGAUCGUGUCCCCUACGUGAUUGUUUCUGGUACAAAAGGACAACCCGCUUAUGAACGAGCUGAAGAUCCUGUUUAUGUUUUGGAUAAUAAUGUUCCAUUGGAUACAAAAUAUUAUCUAGAUAAUCAAAUAUCAAAACCAUUGCUAAGAAUAUUUGAACCAAUAUUGGGUAAAGCAAAAGCUGAAUCAACAUUAUUACACGGUGAUCAUACACUAACAAAAUCGAUUGUAACAUCCAAAGUUGGUAGUUUAUAUGCUUAUACGGUUAAAAAAGAAAAAUGUAUUGGAUGUAAAUUAUCUUUGGACGAUCAAGGUAAAUAA